AUGCCUCUAAGGGAACGGUUCGACCGUCUAAAAGAAAGGCUUCAUCCGCGUCAUCGUUCCUCCGAGCAGCUCGAGGAAAGGAAGCAGGGCGAUGGCAACCAGACAGACGCACCCGCUGUUUCCAACGUGUUCCCGGCGACGACAUCUUCGACUAAUUUAGAUGCAUCUCCGACUCCAAUCUCACCUGUUUUGGCGGUUAGCAACGCUCAAGUCGAGCUGGAACCUUGUCCCCGGCCAAGCUCUCUCAUUGCGCAGCAUCAAUCUGCAAGCUUGGCCGAACACCUCUGGGAUCGAGCCUAUGACGAAUUGAAGGAAAAUGAGAGUGAGGCCGCAUUGGUACAAGCGUACGAAAGGAUUCUGUCUCGUCAUCUCCGCGACCGAGACUUGGCAUCUGAUAGCGACGUUGACGAGGAGAAUAUAAUUGCACAAGACGAUCCAGGUGCUAGAAGGGCCCAGAUGAGAACCCUUGUUACGUCAGGAUGGGCCAAGAUAGAACGAGAAACGAAGAUGAAAGAAAGUCUCGACAAAGGGGUUCAAGCCCUUUUGUCUGCCAAGAGAAUCAUUAGUUCCGCGAUCCAAACUGUCCCACAAGCUGCACUUGCCUGGACUGGCGUAUGCGUGGCAUUAGAGAUUUUUGAUAAGUCGACGAGUGCGACCAAAGCCAAUCGCGAUGGUAUCGACUACGUUAUUCGGAGAAUGGAGUGGUAUUGGGAGCUACCUGAUGCCAUCCUAAGAGAGAACGCCGAUGCCCACAACCAUCUCUGCAAAAUGAGAGGGGGGCUCGAGACUCAGCUUCUCGGCCUCUAUAAAUCGUUACUCUUGUACCAGAUGAAGAGCGUUUGUUCUUACUACAAGAAUCGCGGGCUUGUUUUCCUGCGUGAUAUUGCUAAAUUGGACGAUUGGGAUGGCGAUAUCAAAGCGAUCGAAAGAGCCGAAACGCUUUUCUACAAAGACUCCGACGUGCAUCAAAAAGAGAAAAUGAAUGCCAAUCUUGAACAGAUUGUCACUUAUGUGAAACAGAAAACGGUCAAGGAAGAUUUACAAUGUUUCAAAGACUUGGGCAUCACCGACCCGAGCUACGACAAGAAACGCAUUGAGAGCACAAAGGGUGGUCUGCUGGAGCAAUCUUACCGCUGGAUCUUGGAUAAUCACGAGUUCCAACAGUGGCGCGAUGAUGAAGAGAGACGACUGCUGUGGAUUAGAGGAGAUCCGGGCAAGGGUAAAACCAUGCUUCUCUGCGGGAUUGCCAAUGAGUUGCGCACGAUGUCAGCCUCUUCUGACUUGAUAUCUUACUUCUUCUGUCAAGCCACCGAUCAGCGCAUUAACAACGCUAAAGCUGUUCUGUGGGGUCUGAUGUUUAUGCUUGUCGACCAGCAGCCGACGCUCAUGCAUCAUAUACGCAACAAAUAUGAUGCAUCUGGUAAAGAUCUUUUUAUAGGAGGAAAUUCAUGGUUUGCUCUUUCAGAAAUAUUUUCGGACAUGAUGAGGGAUCCGACUCUGACACACGCCUAUCUACUCAUUGACGCCCUUGAUGAAUGUAUUUCAGACCGGGACAAGUUGUUAGACCUUGUUGUCGAGAAUUUAUCCGCUUCAUCUCAUGUUAAGUGGAUUCUUUCGAGCCGAAACUGGCCAGAAAUUGAGCGCCAGUUAGCUGAAUCUGAAGGGCUUGAGAGAGUCAGCCUCAGCCUUGAGGUAAACGCCGAUCUAGUAUCACGCGCUGUUGACGCUUAUAUCGAGCAUGAGAUAUCACGACUCCACCUAAUAAAAAACAACCCAACGAUCAAAGAUCAGAUCCAUCAUCAAAUGCAGCAAAAAGCCAACGGCACCUUUUUAUGGGUCGCCCUUGUUGUCAAAGAUCUCCGAGAUCGACAAGAUGCCGAGUACGAAGAUCCUUUAUAUAUUCUAAAUAUUCUUAUGGAGAUGCCAAGCGACCUUACGAGUCUUUACUCUCUCAUGGUGGAUCAUAUUGACAAGCUGAAGGGAGAUACUCCUAGCCUUUGUAAAAGGAUUCUUGCAGUUGCGGCUCUAGCAUCUCGGCCAUUGAGCUUGGCAGAGUUAAGGUUAUUAGCUGGCUUUGACAGCAAUCGUAUCAAUGAUGAAGCAAUGGAAAGAUUGGUCAAAAAAUGCGGCUCAUUUCUGACGGUUCGUGAUUGCACGGUCUAUUUUGUCCAUCAGUCAGCAAAGGACCAUUUAAUCCUGGACAAGCCAACUCAGCCCAUAAUAUUCUCGUCUGGCCAUACCGAAGUUCAUUACACGAUCCUCUCUCACUCGCUAUGGGCUAUGACAUUAAUUCUGAAAAAGAACAUUUAUGCCCUUCCACAUCCAGGGUUGCACAUUGAUGAGAUUGAAAUUCCGAAUCCGGAUCCUCUGGCUGCCAUUCGGUACUCUUGUGCCCAUUGGAUUGAUCAUCUCUGCAACGGUAUAUCUGAUAAUAGCAGUUCUACAUACCAAAACUGCCUUGAUGCCACUGGACCGGUCUCUGUGUUUCUUCAUACGCAUUUUCUUCAUUGGCUCGAGGCUCUAAGCCUUCUGCAGAAGAUAUCGGACAAUGUUAUCUCAAUAACAAAACUGGAAAAUCUGUUAAAGCUUAUGAUGGACGAUAUUUGGAGUCCCUGUUUGCAAAUUAUUGAAGGUCAUAGCUCUGAAGUUAAUUGCAUUGCCUUUUCAGGAGAUAACGCGCUGGCUACGGGAUCAGAUGAUGGCACGAUCAAGAUCUGGGAUAUGGCUACCGGCGCGUGCCUCCACACGCUUCCUGGUCAUAAUUCUGGCAUAAAUUCAUUAUUAUUUUUUGAAAAUGAUAAGCUAGCUUCAGGAUCGCGUAAUGGCGCAAUGAAGACCUGGAAUGCAGCUACUGGCGCAUGCAUUCAGACGCUUAAAGGCCACAAAGACGCGGUCAUGUCCAUGACCUUGCUGGCAGACAACAAGCUGGCCUCGGCAUCGCUUGAUGGCGCAAUAAAAUUCUGGGACAUGGCUGAUAGCAAAUCCAUUCAGACGCUUGAGAGCAAUUAUGGCCCGGUAACAUCCGUAACUGUUCUCAAAGGCAACAGGUUAGCCUCGGGAUUCAGUAAUGGGACAAUUAAAAUCUGGGAUGUAGCUGAUUAUACAUGCAUUGAGACCCUUGAGGGCCAUAGUCAGUCGAUAACAUCUGUUACCGCCUUGGCAAAUAACAAGCUGGCCUCAGCAUCAGGCGACAGAACAAUCGGAAUUUGGGAUUUAGCUACAGGUGCAUGCAUUCAGACACUUGAAGCCAGCAAUACCUGGGUGACGUCUAUAAUUGCUUUAGCAGAUAACAGAUUGGCCUCGGGAUCACACGACAACACAAUCAGAAUCUGGGAUACAGCUACAGGUGUAUGCAUUCAGACGCUUGAGGGCCAUACUGACUCGGUGACAUCUUUGGCCGCCCUGGCAAAUAACAAGCUGGCCUCAGGGUCUUAUGACAGGACAGUCAGAAUCUGGGAUAUAGCUGCAGACAUAGAUAUCCGGAUGCCCAAAGGCCACACAACGCUCAAGGGCCACAGCGACUGGGUAACAUCAGUGACUUUCUCAGGAGAUGGGAAGCACGUAGCUUCAGGGUCAGAUGACGAGUUGGUCAAGAUCUGGGAUAUAACUAAAGGUGAAUGUAUUCAGACGCUCAAGGGCCAUGAUAAGCGGGUGCGAUCAGUGGCUUUCUCAAGAGAUGGGAAGCAGGUGGCAUCAGGAUCCACUGAUAAAACAGUCAAGAUCUGGGAUAUCACUGCAGGUAGAUGUAUCCGGACACUUGAGGGCCAUAGGGACUGGGUACAAUCAGUGGCUUUUAAAAGAGAUGGCACACAGCUUGUUUCAGGAUCUGAUGAUAAGACAGUCAAGGUCUGGGAUAUAGCCACAGGCUUAUGCGUCCAGACACUUGAAGGUCAUAAUGCCCCUGUAAUGUCAGUGACUUUCUUAAGGGAUGAGAGGCAGGUGGCUUCCUGGUCAAAUGACAAGACAGUCAAGAUCUGGGAUACAGCUACAGGUGUUUGCAUACGGACGCUGCCUGUUGGUAUAGCUACUCAACUGUCCUUUGAUGAGGAGAAUGCGUCCAACCUCCAAACCAGCUUUGGGAUUCUAGAUUUGGAUUCAGAUGCAGUCGUCAAUGAUUCAGGAUCGGACAUUUCUGUACCUUUCACAGGCUAUGGCAGAGAUAAAGCCGGUUCGUGGAUUACAAGAGAUGGCAAGCCGUUACUUUGGCUCCCCGUGGACUAUCGACCGACAGCUUUUGCUAUCAAAGGAUCGACGGUUGGUAUAGGAUGCGACUCAGGCCGUGUCUUGAUGCUGGAAUUCUCCGAUGGAGAUGGAUACUCAGUAUAG